UGCUUGUGAUUAUGUGAAAAGGAGGAAGUCAGUCAGCUAAAAACAACGGCUAUCUCUCUAGUACAAUGACAACCUGUUUAUGCAGAAAGUUUUCUAUUACUUUUAGGGCAUAAUCUGCUGCAGGGUUACGUCUUCUGGAACUUUUCUUUUACUCUUUAACAGAAAACAAAAUCAUGGGUUGGAAGAUGUUCUUCCGCUGCAUUUUCUUUCCCUCGGUCAUUUGAGUGGCAGUUUUGCAGCAGUCACUCUGUGCUGUUUAUGUUCUGGAAUUGACAUAAUGAAGACAAAGGGAACUGCUGUUUUUUUAUGCCUAUUAUUCAUUCUAAUGCCGUUUCUAGAAGGAAAUGAAUUUAAGUUUUCCCAUGGCAAUGUUGGUCCGAAUCACACGCCGAUAGAUUUGCCCUUCGUGUCCAACAGAUAUACUUGCAUUGGAUGUGUUCUGAUGGUUACCAUAAUUGAACAGCUUGCUCAAGUCCAUAACAAUUCAGUACAAGAGGCCAUGACAACACUGUGUGGCUAUCUACCAGAGGAAGCUAGACUAAGAAGCACUUGCAUUGUUCUAGCUGAGCUUUUUGGACCAGAUCUUAUUAAACUGAUAAACCAUAAAUUGAAUGCCGAUGUAAUAUGCCAUGCAGUGCAGCUAUGCAGUAAUGACCCAGUUCAGCCUUUUUGUCAUGUGUUCCAGAAGCCUAAGGCUGGGCUAAAAAGGUCAAUCAAAUAUGCACAGUGGAUCCUAAAGGAAUCCAGCAUUAUGAGAAACACAGAAUUUCUUUCACUAUAUCUCAGGAAGAUCUGUAACCAGCCACUUCUGAAAGGGCUUUGUGAAACAAAAUCAUCAUUACCCAUGCUAGAUAUUGACCAAGAUAACUUCAGUGUCUUUCCAUCUUUAAGAGGAUAUCAUUGGAGAGGAAGAGACUGUAAUGAUACAGACAAUUCUUUUUAUCCGGGUCGAAGACCAGAAGAUUGGGAUUUGAUUCGAGAUUCAAAUUGUAAUGGAAUUUGGGGUUUUGAUCCAGAAGAUAAAAUUCCUUAUGAGAAAAAAUUCUGCGAUGGCACAGACUCAAGGGGAAUUAUGGUACUGGGGGAUUCAGCUGCUGCCCACUUCCAUAUACCCCCUGAAUGGCUAACAGCAAUUAACAUGUCUGAGCAAACAUUUUCCAACUUACCAGUAGCCAUUUCCAAUGAAUUUGACUGGCCUCAGCUCUCCAUGUACACUGGAUAUCAGAACUCCACAAUUGGAGGAUGGACAGAAUCAAUAUAUCUACAGUUACGGAAGAAUAACCUUUGUAACCAUAGAGACUAUCAAAAUUUAGCCAAAAACGGUUAUUCAUCUGACAAUUUACGGAAUACAAAUAGCCUAUCAAGAGAUCAAGAGCUUGAUAAACCUGCAGUUGUAUUUUAUGCAGUGAUUGGAAAUGAUGUGUGUAACAGCCAUGCAGACACGCUCAAACACAUGACUACACCUAAGCAAAUGAAGCUUAAUGUUAUGACUACACUGGAACACUUGGACACUCUCCUACCAAAAGGAAGUCAUGUUGUCUUGGUGGCACUAGCUGCGGGGCAUUUACUAUGGGACAUCCUACAUGACAAAUAUCACCCAAUUGGCCAGUUGAAUAAAGAUGUGACAUAUAAUCAACUAUACGGUUUCCUAAGCUGUCUUGAGAGCAACCCUUGUGAAGGAUGGAUGAACAAGAAUGAAACUCUUCGAAAUCUAACCACUGAGAGAGCCAAUCAGCUUUCAGAUGUUCUUAAGGAAAUAGCAGUGUCACAAAAAUUUCAUAAUUUUGAUGUCAUCUACAUUGGUAGAAUUUAUGAGAGAGUAUUUGCAAAAUGGAGGCAGAUGGGGAAGGAUCCAGUGGACCUGAUUGAACCAGUAGAUGGAUUUCAUCCAAACCAGAUUGCUUCUGCACUUGGAGCAGACUUGAUUUGGAAAGAAGUUGUAAAUAUGCGACCAGAAGUGUUUGGAAAAAAUAAUCCCUACAAUGAAGAAAUUACAGCAAUAUUUGGAGACCAAGGAGGACAUUAAGUCAUGAACUUAAGCAUAACUACUGAGGAAUUUAUCUCGGAUACAGCUCCUUCAUUUAUACAUCAGCUAUCCAUCCCAGUAUACACAGUACAUUCAAAGUUAUUACACAAUUUCUCUGCCAGUGUAGAAAAUUUCUGCAUCUGUCCUGUGUGCAUAAUGAUAGAGAACUGCCAGCCACUGUGCAAACAGAGUGGAUUUUGGCCAGAAAAUACUGGUGUUUGCAUUUUCUGGCCAAAAUAAGCCCAUUUGCUCAGUGACAGGUGGAUUAAACUGUUACUAUGCACAAGGGACAAAAUUGGUCUGAAUUGACCUUUUCAGAGUAAAAGCCGUUUAUGCCAUAGAUGUAUGAAAAGGGCCACUGGUGGUAGCAAAUUAUUUGGCACUGACUGUUCAGGACAAUAUACUGUAUGAGAGGUGUGAUUAUCUGUAUACAUCCUAGUUAUUUUCUAUGUGUCUUUAACAGAAGAGUGUGUACUUGUAACUAUAAGGUACUGUAACAAACGAAAAGCAAUGGGUUAGAGCCACUUAGCAGAACCCUUAAUCCUACCUUCUUGACAGAAUAAUAUUCUUGAUCUCAUGCAAGAUCACUAUGGAAUGCACUGCAGAAGGUUUUGGAUUAAUCACAUUGGAUUUUGAGCAAUGUUUUUAUACUAAAGAGGUUUGUUUACAAUACAUCGUUGUAGUACCACAAGAGAUAAAUGAUAAUUAAAUAUUAUGUACUUAAAUUACAGUAAUGUACUACAAUAAAAUACAAUUUUCUUUGAAA